UCCUGUUCUGUUCUCUGACUGUGUUUACGGAAGGCCUGAGGUCAAGGCUGCUCAGGAAGUGGAGGUGGGGAGGGUGCUCCCCUGGGGGCUUGGUCACAACCCCUCUCUCCCAGACUAGAAUCCUCUAUACUGCGUGUGGCCCUGGUUGUCCCCCAUUUUAUCUCCUGAGGACCUUGGUCUACCUGGCCCCCCAAGCCAGUGGGCUUGGGUGAGUGCGAGCAUGUUCUCUAGAGAAGGAAGAUGGCUGCCCAAGGGCUGCAGACAGCACUGUUCCCACUGGUUGUGCUCCUACUUAUCCAAGGUACCCUCUGUGGGGGCCUCCAGGAAGACUUCCGCUUCUGCGGCCAGCGGAACCAGACGCAGACGAGCAACCUUCGAUAUGAGCAGACAGCAGUGCUGCACAUCUCCAUCAAGAACUCCGAGGGGGCUCUGACAGUGCACGCCCCCUUCCCCGCAGCCCCUGGGGCUUCCCGAGUCCUCCCUGACCGCAGAGGCCUCUACCACUUCUGCCUCUACUGGAGCCGCCACACUGGGAAACUGCACCUCCGCUAUGGCAAGAACGACUUCUUGCUGAGUGACCAGGCCUCUGGCCUCCUGUGCUUCCGGCACCAGGAGGAGAGCUUGGUCCAGGGCCCCCCACUGCUUGCCACCUCUGUCAGCUCCUGGUGGAGCCCCCAGAACACCAGCCUGCCCGGGGCCACUAGCUUCACCUUCUCCUUCCACAAGCCUCCCCAGAAGGCUUCCCACAAUGCUUCGGUGGACAUAUGUGAGCUGAAGAGGGACCUCGAGCUGCUCAGCAAGCUUCUGAAGCAUCCCAGGAAGAGUUCAAGAAGGCCCUCGUCCACCCCUGCCCGACAGCAUCUGCAGAGCCUCGAGUCAAAGCUGACCUCCAUGAGAUUCGCAGGGGACACAGUGUCCUUUGAGGAAGACCGGAUCAAUGCCACAGUGUGGAAGCUCCAGCCCACGGCUGGCCUCCAGGACCUGCACCUCCACUCCCGGCAGGAGGAGGAGCAGAGUGAGGUCCUGGAGUACUCGGUGCUGCUGCCCCGCGUGCUGUUCCAGAGGGCCAAAGGCAGGAGGGGGGAGGCCGAGAAGAGACUCCUACUAGUGGACUUCAGCAGCCAAGCCCUGUUCCAGGACAAGAAUUCCAGCCAAGUCUUGGGUGAGAAAGUCUUGGGUAUCAUUGUGCAGAACACCAAAGUAGUAAACCUCUCGGAGCCUGUGGUUCUCACCUUCCAGCACCAGCCACAGCCGAAGAAUGUGACUCUACAGUGUGUAUUCUGGGUUGAAGACCCGACAUUGAACAGCCCAGGGAGCUGGAGUGACGCUGGGUGUGAGACCCUCAGGAGAGAGACCCAGACGUCUUGCCUCUGCAACCACCUGACCUACUUUGCAGUGCUGAUGGUCUCCUCUGUUGAGGUGGACGCUGUGCACAAGCAUUACCUGACCUUCCUGUCCUAUGUGGGCUGUGUCAUCUCUGCCCUGGCCUGCGUCUGCACCAUUGCUGCCUACCUCUGCUCCAGGAGGAAGCCUCGGGAUUACACCAUCAAGGUGCACAUGAACUUGCUGUUGGCCAUCUUCCUGCUGGACGUGAGCUUCCUCCUCAGCGAGCCGGUGGCCCUGACGGGCUCUGAGGCUGGUUGCCAUGCCAGUGCCAUGCUCUUGCACUUCUCCCUACUUGCCUGCCUCACCUGGAUGGGCCUCGAAGGCUACAACCUCUACCGACUUGUGGUUGAGGUCUUUGGCACCUAUGUCCCUGGCUACAUGCUCAAGCUGAGCCUCAUGGGCUGGGGGUUCCCCAUCUUCCUGGUGACACUGGUGGCACUGGUGGAUGUGAACAAUUAUGGUCCUAUCAUCCUGGCUGUGCACAGGACUCCAGAGAGAGUAAUCUACCCUUCCAUGUGCUGGAUCCGGGACUCCCUGGUCAGCCACAUCACCAAUCUGGGCCUCUUCGGCCUGGUGUUUCUGUUCAACAUGGCCAUGCUGGGCACCAUGGUGGUGCAGAUCCUGCGGCUGCAACCUCACGCCCAGAAGUGGCCCCACGUGCUGACACUCCUGGGCCUUAGUCUGGUCCUCGGCCUGCCUUGGGCCCUGGUCUUCUUCUCCUUUGCCUCUGGUACCUUCCAGCUUGUCGUCCUCUACCUCUUCAGUAUCAUCACCUCCUUCCAAGGCCUCCUCAUCUUCCUCUGGUACUGGUCCAUGCGGCUGCAGGCCCGGGGCGGCGGCUCCUCUUCCCUCAAGAGCAGCUCAGACAGCGCCAGGAUCCCCAUCAACUCGGGCAGCACCUCAUCUGGCCGCAUCUAGGCCACCAGCCCAUCUGCCAGCAUGAGGAAGCAGAGACUCGGCUGCUCCUCACCACAGCCUUUGGCCCCCACAGCCGGGCCCAGCCCUUGGCUGGCCAACCUUGGAAAUUGAGAAGGCCCAAAGUCCUCAGAGGGACGGGGCUGUUGCCAUGGGGACCAGAUUCCCAGGCUGGGCUUUCUGGGUCCAGCUCCCAGUGGGCUCAGGAGUGCACGGCUGCACUGGCAGUGGGAUCACCCCCAGCCAUCCUAACUGAGGCUGAGGCCAAGCUGUUCAUCACCUCUCUCAAGCCCGGCCUCGCUGCUGGGCUUGGGACCUGCAGGACCCAAGAUCAGGUUUCACUCUGUGGAGUAUAUUCUCAUCCCUGUGCCACUGUUUCAGGGCAGAAUGUGGCCGUGGCAGCUCAGUCUCCGGUGACCACGAUGUAGCACUCAACCAGCGCUCCUGCAGCCCCUAUCAUUUUAACCUGAGGGGAGGCAGAGCUUUGGAGCCAGACCCUGGAGGAAGAGUGGCCCCUCCCUUGGGCAUAGUGGCAGCUCCCCUACCUUCAAGCCUAGGGCCCCCUCCCUCCCUCAGCAUCCCAGCCUUCCCUCCUCCCUCCCAGAGGUCCCUCUAAUCUCCCUCCUAUCCUAAGAGCAUCCCCAGCCCACAUCCUCCCCUCAGGCCUCCCCAGGCCCUCCCCCAUGGCCAACUCACAGCCUAGGGUCUCUAAUUCCAAUGCUGUAUUUUGGGUGGUGGUUUCCAAGAGCCGCCUGGUGCCUGCUGUAAACCUUUAUGUACUGCACAGACCUCUGCCUGUCCCUGACUCAGACUUAGUAUAGAUGUUCUACGCUGGGCUGUUCCAUCUCUCCUUCUGGGUCUCUCUACAAGCUGCAUCACCCUUGCUCACACCUGCCAACCCUAUACCUCAGGAGGGUCUUGGCAGCUCCUGAAACCCUUUUGGGGCAAGAACUGUGGAGGGUAACAGUCCAAACUUCUUCUACUCCAGCACUCUGAGGACUGAGACAUACCUCCCCUGGUGACACUGGCCUAGAGCCUAAUGCUCUCUCAAGGGGUCACCUCCGAAUACCUGCAAACAACCUUGUGCACACUUGGCUGCCCAGCACAGUUGAUUCCGUGCAAUAAGCACACACCGAUCAGUCCCUGGCUGUGUCCAGCCCUGUGCUAGGUGGUGGGGACACAGACCCAGCCUCUCCCCUCCGUGAGUUCUCAGUGGAGUGCAGGAGGCAUGCACUAGACAAGAGCUCCUGGAGCUACAGGCACAGGGUCGGGGAACCAUCAUCCUUGGCUGGGAAUCCAGGAAGACUUCCUGUAGGAGGUCACGUAUGAGCUCAGUCUUUAAGAUGGGGAAGGUUUUCUUUUUAAGUACCAGUUCAUUUGUCUUUGAUUAUUUAAGAUAAAAACAAAAACAAACAAAAAAACCCUGUUCGUUGUAGAAUAUUUGGAAACUGUAGAAGAGUAUAAAGAAGAAAAUAAAAAUCAGCUGUCAUUGUCACCUAGCAAA